GGUCAAAAGAGGUCCAGGGCCAGCCAUGCAGUCUCUCGGUCUGGCCUUUGUUCCAGAAACCCCUGCUGCUGGCAGAGGGCACUUGGAGUAGUGGAGGGUGGCAGGGACUGCCCAGCUGGUGGACAGAAGCCUCUUCAGAGGGAAGCUGGGCCAGCAGAAAGCCAGAGGGUCCUGAGGACCUUUGAGCUGGGUCCUUUGGACCUGGCAGAGCCUCCUUCAGGACUCCAGGGGGAAAGAGAAGGUUUCAUUUCCCCUUGGGGUCACAUGCAGGUCCUCCUCUCCCAGAGGCUUUGGCCGAGGUUCCUCUUGCAGAGCUGGAACUACUUUGCCUUCCGGGGGAGACUAAUGAACCUGAUUGGACUGAGGGGCUACAGAAGGGCUUAGAGCAAAUGGCCCCAAAGAUGGUGAACAUCACUCAAGAAUUAUGACCUGAACAGCACCAUAACCUUGGGAGCCAGAUGCAGCAGCCUCUUCAGUGUCCCCCUAUGGACAGUGGGAUAAGUCACCCACUUGAAUCUGCUCUGGGGAUCCAACAAACCUCCAGAUACCCAGCAAACUCCAGACCAAAGGGGGGAGCUGGGGAUUGGGUCCAGGGGCAGGCUGUCUGCAGAGCAGGUCUAAACUUUUCUCCGGUCUGUAAGAAGCCUGCAGUGCAGGGCUUGGAGAAAGAGGCUGCAGAAGGGGGAAGUGAAAGACCAGCCUGUGUCCCCAGGCCCACAGUGGAUCUGCUUGAGCCGCAGAGGAAGUGUGUGUGUAUGGCUCCCACUCUGCACAGUUCCGAAUACAGGAGCCUCAUCUAGGGAGUAGUGCUAUGAGUUUGGGUGCUGCGUCCAAGCUUCAGUCUCCCUACUCCACAGAAUGUUUUCUCUGCCCUUCAGGCAGCCUGAGCCGGGCAGGGCCCCUCCCUCUGCUCCGGCAGCCCCCCAUCAUGCAGCCCCCGAUGGACCUCAAGCAGAUCCUGCCCUUUCCACUGGAGCCAGCCCCAACUCUGGGCCUCUUCAGCAACUACAGCACAUAUCUGUACUUGAGUGCACGUGCCUGAGGAUGCCAGAGGCAGCAGAGCCUCUUGGAACUGGUGUUACAAACUGCUGUGAACCACAAGAAGCAGGUGCUGGGACCAGCCCUCAGAUGGACCCUGUCCAGAAGGCUGUGCUCUCACACACGUUUGGAGGACCCUUGCUCAAGACCAAGAGGCCAGUCAUUUCCUGUAAUGUCUGUCAAAUCCGAUUCAAUUCUCAGAGCCAGGCUGAAGCACACUACAAGGGUAAUCGCCAUGCCCGAAGAGUCAAAGGCAUCGAGGCUGCCAAGACCCGAGGCAGGGAGCCUAGUGUCCGGGAACCAGCAGGCCCAGCUCCAGCAGGCAGCACCCCCCCAAGUGGGGACGGUGUAGCCCCUCGUCCAGUUUCCAUGGAGAAUGGCCUGGGUCCAGCUCCAGGAUCCCCAGAGAAACAGCCUGGCUCCCCAUCCCCUCCCAGUGUUCCAGAGUCUGGACAGGGUGUAACCAAGGCUGAAGGGGGAACUCCAGCCCCAGCUUCCCUGCCUGGGGGUAGCAAGGAAGAAGAGGAGAAAGCUAAGCGUCUGCUCUACUGUGCACUGUGCAAGGUGGCUGUGAACUCCCUCUCCCAGCUGGAGGCACAUAACAAAGGUACUAAGCACAAGACAAUUUUGGAAGCCCGAAGUGGACUGGGGCCCAUCAAAGCUUACCCUCGGCUGGGGCCUCCCACUCCUGGGGAACCAGAGGCUCCUUCCCAGGACCGAACCUUCCACUGUGAGAUUUGCAACGUCAAGGUCAAUUCGGAGGUCCAGCUGAAACAACACAUCUCCAGCAGGAGGCACCGAGACGGCGUGGCCGGGAAGCCCAACCCUCUACUGAGCCGUCACAAGAAGCCUAGGGGCGCUGCGGAGCUGGCGGGCACGCUGACUUUCUCCAAGGAGCUGCCCAAGUCCCUGGCCGGUGGCCUGCUCCCCAGCCCCCUAGCGGUGGCUGCGGUGAUGGCCGCUGCAGCAGGCUCCCCGCUGUCCCUGCGCCCAGCUCCAGCCGCACCUCUUCUGCAGGGACCACCGAUCACACAUCCUCUACUCCACCCGGCACCAGGACCCAUUCGAACUGCGCACGGACCCAUCCUCUUCUCCCCUUACUGACCUCAACCCUGAACCCCUCCCAUUGAAUCCCCCACCUCCAGCCGGGACCCAGGCCUUCGGGCUCCCAGCCCGCCCCUCCUCCUGGCGCUCCCUGAAUGGUCUGUCCUUCCCCCCACCCCGAGGUACGGGGUUCCAGGAAAGGGGAGGGGUAGCGGGGGAGGGGGGCUUAAGAAGGGGGGAAACACCCCAGAUCUCAGGGAACCCCGCCCCCUGUCCUUCUCUCUCCCCUAGAAAAGAGGGGGUCCGUCUCACCCCCGAGCCCCCUCGGAGACACCCCCUCCCAAAAGCCAUGUUCAUCCAACCCUUCCCCUCCAAACCUAGCACAAAACGGGGUUCACAAGCCAUGGUCGGGCCCGGGGGGAGAAAUGGAUUUUCUUGGCAAUAAGCGGACUCUGGGACUCCGGCCCCCCACCCCAAACUAAAGCGCUUCCGUGAACAAACCAGUCCUCCGCAGGGGGAAGGGAGCAGGCGGGAUCCUGGGUCCCUCGUAAGCACUUUGGUUUUACCGCCUGCAACCUCACUGUGCCCGCCCCGCACCAUGCCCCAUCCCAGGUCCAGUCGGGCCCAUAGCAGGGGCAGCAAGCACUUAGGGGCUUCUCAGGCACUUGGGUGGGACCAAGGAGAUGCCCUCAUAGACCCUUCCCCUCACCUUCUUACUCCCCAGUCCGGGUUCCAUUCUUUUCACCAGCACCCAUCGCCCAAGGGGUACCAAGGGGGGCAAGGGGUGUCGAGUCCAAGCCCACCCCCGCCUCGCCUUCCGCAAAACUGUGAGCAAAAAGCAAUAGCCUCGCCCCCGCCUCGCCCCACCCCUUUCCGCAGGAUUUGCCGUCUGUAGCCUCCCUGAUCACAAUCCCUAGACCUCAUGGCUGCCACCUCCCGUGACACUUCUACUGCACAACUCGGGCGGGGGCGUGACCCCCAACCUGUCCCUUCUGUGGUUUCUGUGUGGUCAGCCCUUCCAGCGCCGACCUGGGAUGGGGACCGGCCCCCACUGGCCCUCCCCUCCCUAUGGACUCUUUCUGCUUGACAAUGUAGCAACCCCGCGCCCACUCCACCUCCACCCUCCCCUUUUCCUUCUCCUUGAAAAUAAAGUCUGGAUUCGUUUUGCCCUCUG